AUGGCAGACGCAGAAGAAGAUGCGAUGCCCCGCGGCGGCGCAUCAGGCGAAGAACCAGAUCUCACCGAUGAAACCCAAGACUUCCGCUUCCUCACCACCAUAUCCCGCGAAGACGCCUCCAUCCCCAAACGCGGCGAAAAGGACUUUGAGCCCCACGCCACCGCCCUGCAAUCCAACACCCUCGCCGCCUCCCGCCACGCCAUGCACGCCGCCCUCGCCUUCCAACGGACCCACCAGCCUCGCGGCCACACGCUCGCGACUUACCAUCCGGAGACGAACAUGGCGUACGCUUACAAUCCGAAGGGACCGCUGUUCGUGCGGAUGGGGACGGUUUUGCCGGCGAUCGAGGAUCCGUUUGGAGACGACGAGCGCAGGGGGCAGAGGGUGUGGUUGUUACCGGAGGAGGUGCUGUUUUUGAUGAAUCGCGGGACGGUGGAUGUGAGGUGGCCUGGGCAGGAAGGGUUGGCGAUGAGUUUGCAGGGGGCUUAUGCGAUGUUUCUGGGUGACGAGGGGGAGAGGGGUGGCGGGUUGACGUUUGAGCGGUAUGCGGUCUACUCGAAUCUGAAGCGGUCGGGGUAUGUGGUGCAUCGGGCGCCGACGUGGGAGGGGGAGGGGAAGGUGCCAGGGGAUGAGUGCUAUGCUGCAAUUCCGAGUAUGACGCCGCCGACGUGGCAUGUGGGGUUGUUCAACUACUACACAUCAUGGUGGGAGUUGUUCAAGGCAGACGACAAGGUGAAGGAAGAAGAGAGCAGUCAAGGCCCACUGGUUGCAUCAAAGCCGUACCGCAGCUACGCCGAGAUCUAUCGAAGACUGGCCAUUAUACCAACCUACGAUCCAACAGCACGCUUUGGUCCCGAUGAUUCCCAGCUCGCCACCGAUCCAGCCUUUCGCAUCACAUAUCAUGUCUGGAAGCCCAGCAACACAGCCUACAAGAAGUCUGCGCCCGGUCCUCCGGAUUUCCGCAUCGCUGUCGUCAAUGCUCGGGAAAGUGCUGUGCCGACGUCAGCGCAGCUCAGUGCUCUGAUGGAAACGGCGCCGUACAAACCCCCUCCUGAACAGUCACAGCUCUAUCAAAAGCUCAAGCAUGGGUACAAGAGCGUCAUUCUUGCAAUCGUCGAUCAAGGGGUAGUGAGUUAUCUCCGUCUCGCUGAUGCUGCAUUCGGACGGGAGAAGUUGUAUGAACGGAGAGGACAGCCUGGUGGUAGAAGGGGUGGUCGGGGCGGUAGGGGCGGUCGAGGAAGAGGUCGAUGA